ACUGACAAUUGAACCGCAAGCAGAAAGAAUUUAGACAGGACUAGCUCAGUGUACGGAGAGCUCAGUGGUGCUGAACGAAUCCUCUGUCUAUGCCGGUGGACUCCAGCCAAGGCCAUCAAACGCAUUUAUGCAUUGGCUACAGAGAGGCAGAUAACACACCCUGCCGUACCUAAUUCGCCAAAGAAACUGUCACUCAAAGGGAUUCCCUCUGUCGCGAGCUGGCUGGUUGCGAAGCAAAGUGGCAAUUGACAUCAGUGGCAACACUACAGGGUAAAAUAGUUGUCCUCCGAAUAAAUUCUGUCGGUAAUUUUGCCUUUUGAAUCGGCGUCUGCGUGUAAUUCAGAAAGAGUAAACGAAGAGGAUCACCAGAGCUUGGACCAGCCCUCCACCACCAACCAUCCUAAUGGAUCCUUAGCCCCUGUCUGCUGCUAUUUGACUGAUCUGCGGUCGUCUGGACAUUCGGUCAACAGAAAAGUUCUCUACAUGGACCCUAUGUAUAAAGGUGGUGCCUUGCAUCAGAACCCCCUCCAGCCAUGAGCUACCCCCUCCAGCCAUGAGCUACCCCCAUCCUAGGCAUCCUGGGUAGGAUGACGGCCGUGUGCCCCUCUGGGGUAGGCCCUGCUGGGGCUACGGUGGGGAGCUCCAGGGGCUCUGGGGCUGGGAGUACAGGCGGUCAGGACAGGAGAUAUGCCCGCUGGAGCCGCCAGGACAGCUCAGACAUCGCUACAGAUGAUGAGGGGGUUCCUGCCCGCCAACUCACCCCCCUGGAGAGGCUCAACCUCGACAUGUGCCAGGACGACAGGGUGGUCCGUGAGCUCACAGUGGGCCGACGUAUCGGCUUCUACAAGGUCCGCGGGGAGAUCGGCUGUGGAAACUUCUCCCAUGUCAAACUGGGGAUCCACGCCCUCACCAACGACAAGGUGGCCAUUAAGAUCCUGGAUAAGACCAAGCUGGACCAGAAGACCCAGAGGCUACUGUCCAGAGAGAUCUCCAGCAUGGAGAGACUACACCACCCCAACAUCAUACGUCUCUACGAGGUGGUGGAGACAUUGUCACGGUUACACCUGGUGAUGGAGUAUGCUGGUGGAGGAGAGCUCUACACCAAGAUUAGCAUGGAGGGGAAACUGUCGGACAUCGACAGCAAGAUCGUCUUCUCUCAGAUCCUCUCGGCUGUCAAACACAUGCAUGACAACAGCAUCAUCCACCGUGACCUGAAGGCAGAGAACGUGUUCUACACCUGCAGCACCUGCGUCAAGGUGGGAGACUUCGGCUUCAGCACGCUGAGUCGCCGCGAUGAGACCCUCAACACGUUCUGCGGCUCCCCGCCCUACGCCGCGCCUGAACUCUUCAGGGACGAACACUACCUAGGUGUCUUCGUAGACAUCUGGGCCCUGGGCGUCAUGCUGUUCUUCAUGGUGACAGGAACCAUGCCCUUCAGGGCGGACACGGUGGCCAAACUGAAGCGCUGCAUUCUAGAGGGGGCCUAUGUGCUGCCCUCCUGGGUACAGGAGCCUUGCCAGAGGCUGAUCAGAGGCAUCCUCCAGCCCCAGCCCUCAGACCGCUGCAGUGUGGAGCAGAUGAUGGGCUGUGAGUGGCUGCUGCCUAUAGACUUCCCUCGGGCCAUGGAGCCCUUUAAACUGGACCCGUCCUAUCUGGCCGAGAGCACGCCUUCAGAGUUGGAGGAAGAUGAGGCGGAGGUGAGGGAGGCGCUGGAGAUACUAGGGAUCACCCCGGAGCAUAUCUUAAAUAAUCAGGGGAAGGACUGUAGGAGUUCUGUUACGGGCGUUUAUAGGAUUCUGUUGCACCGUGCGCACAAGAGGCGGGCGGUGGAGAGCAUGCCUGUGGUUACACAUGUGGUCGGGUCCACCGUGAGUAAAAAGGACCGGCUAAAGGCGUACCACAGCUUACGGCACACCUCCAAGCUCUGUGUGAUUCUGUGACGAAAAGCCUUCGCUCCUAUAGUUGAACUUUUGUUGUAGUUUUUUUUUGUCAAUAGAGUAAACAUUUCUGUGACUGUGAAUGAGGAAUGAGGUGGUGAAUUUUAAAUCAGUACAACUUCUGUCUUGAAUGUUUAUCGACAAAAUGUUAACCACUGAUAAUUUAAAAAAAAUUGAAAUCCAAAAGUUGGGAUUGAUGUUAGGAUUUGUUUUAUUUUUAUAUCAGUCUCUGUGUGAAUAUACUUUAGCCUGGGUGCCUGUCUUCUUCGACUUUAUCUUACCAGACAAGGCUAAAAUUGUUCAUACGGUCAUCCAGCAGACGCUUUUCUCCAAAGUGAUAUACUGUUAACACAUACGUAUAUUCAUAUGACCUCAAGCAGCAAUAAAUCCUAUACAACUCUGGUUUAUAGCGUCUGAGGCUUGGUAAAACCAGAUGUAGCAUUGUGGAAUGCUGAAAGAGUCAAGCAUCCAGGCUAAUGAGAAAGAAGAAUCUGAUGAUCUGAAUUAGAAAUCAGGAGGUGAUUAUCUCUCGAAUGUUUUAUUGCACUGUUUUUGAGAGACAUUUUUUUUCCAGUUACAUGCCAUCAUGAUUCUAGACAUUUUCAUCUCCUAUUUCAUAAAUGCAUGUUAUUUUUAUUCAUUUUGCGUAUGAUAUCCUAUCACAGUGCUUCCCCAACUUAUCCUUGAGUAGCCCCAGCCAGUCCACUUCUUCUUUGAUGUAUUUCAGAACUAGCAUAGCUGAUUCAAAUGAUUACUUAAUCAUCAAACCCUUCAUUUGUUGAAUCAGCAGUGCUAGUUCUGGAAUACAUAAAAUAACUGGGGUGGCUGGGGGUACUCAAGGAGAGGUUUGGGAUGUCUAUAUCUCUUAGCCUGAGAGCCAGUCUGUUUUUGCUUUUUGUGCUAUCAUGCUAACUCCUUGUCACUCCUUGUCAUGCAAAACAUGUUUGGCUUGACAAUAAGCAAUGGACUUGGCAAGAGCACAAACAGAUCUGGGACCAGGCUAGAUAUCAGCAGGUAACUGGUUGACAGGAACACAUUGGCCCGGUUGGGUUGACAGUUAUUUGUACACCUUACCUGUCAACGCCAAUAAUUUGAUUUUCAAUUGUUAUGAUGCCAUAUUACUGCCCAAUAUAUCUUUUCAAAAUAUUAAAUAAAAUGCUGAAAUACU